CUGGCCGGAAAAAGUACAAAAUUUGUUAAAACCAAUCACAAUUAAGUUGCACUGCCAUGUUUAUUCUGAUUUCAUAAUUCCGCAAAAAUGUUCGAUAACAGAAAUGAGAAAAAGUGAAGAAAAUGUUUUUUUUUUUUCAUUAAUAAGUGCUACGUGAAAUGUGAAUUAAUUAAUAGAAUUAGAAAAUCGGAAAGCAACAAUUCUGCUUUUCUUCGAUCUCAAGUGUGAACGCUCCCUUAUAUUUAUUUUACCAGCUUCAGUCACUGACAGAAUCACUUUGGAAUGGAUCGAGACACCUCUGCGGACAGCCGGCGUUAACCGCGAUGUGCUUCGUGAGAACCGUGCGGAGUUAACCUCGUCACACGAAAAUUUCGCAGUCCGGCGAAAUAUGAACGUCUGUUUUAACGAAUUACGAUGGAUUGCCUAAAACAGCCGGCAUUUGUGGUAGGAGAUAUCGACGAGGAUAUCAAUCUGUCGUUGCCACCCUCCUCCGGGGAGGAGUACAUCAAACGAGUGGUAAUAGAAGCCAGACAGUGCGCGGAUGUAGUGGUGGCCGAUUUGAAUCCAUCCUGUGUGAAAAAACCAACGAAAGCCUACGUCGAGACUUUGGCAGGAUGCGUUCAAGCGCCGGCGAACCUCAGGCCGACUCAGGAAUGGCAGCAGUAUCAGGUUGCGGACUUCUCCAAGCUGAGGCUAUACGUAAGCCGACUGAAGGACGAGAUCCUGAUAGGCAAGCGCAAGUGGAGACCACCUGACAUUCACUUGCCAGACAUAGACGAUCAAAGUGCUUGGAUCAGAUUCUGCUUGGGUGGCGAAGAGAAGAUCGAGCCGACGCUGAACACUCUGUUUAGCUUCAGUCAGGCGAGCGUGGAGCAGGUGCUCGAAUAUCUGGUGCAAUUCGUGGAGACCGAAAGGAAAAUUGAGUACAGAAUAGGCCAGUGGAUCUACACGUUACUCGCCAACUUGGAGCAACCGUUGCAACCCGACACUUGUUCCUGCCUGCGUUCAUUGGCUCGAGCGUGCUCCGUCAUUCGCGCCGAUUCUAGAGAACCGGACGCGCAGGAACUGGGGGCGCUGAAUUUAUUCAUCUGUCUAGUAGCGAGAUACUUUCGUCAGUUGGACUUGGCAGAUCCUUGACAAUUUCCCCAUUUGUGCAUUAUGAUAUAAUAAUUAUUUUAUGACGCGACACGACAUAUAUCUGUAUACAGCAAUUUUUUUUUAAUAAACUCUACAUAAGAUUA